CUCGCACCUGAGGUUCUUCGUGUACUUUCGGGCUCUCCUUGCAGCGGAAGAGGGUCUUUCUGACUGUGUGGAAGCGUAAGGACACCCCAAUCAACCCGGGUGGCAGAGCACGCGAUCGGCAGGGGUUGUCUCCUACUCCCAUCUCCCCAUCGCUACUGCCGCACACCCGCUUACACUAAUACCAAGCGUGGAAUAGGCUCCGCAGGAUUUGCAUAGCGUCUUGCGCGUCCAGCGAAGAGCGUGGUCAUACGCCCAGGGGGAUUUCUUGGUUUUGCGACAGCUACCCACCCGAUCGCGCUCCCCAGCCGCCUUUACACAUCCCACCACCAUGUCGUCCCGCGAGAUGCAUCCACCCCCCUCCCCCCUCGAUCCCGCGCUCUCCAUGUACGCUGCACACCCGACCACAUUCCACUCGUCCGCGUCGUCUGCCCCCCUUCCCCAACGACUGCCCAGGAACUAUCACCCCAAUGGUGGCAGCGAAGCAACCUCGCCAGUCGACGGCAACUACGGCAACGGCUACGCGAACGGGUCCGGGUCCUCCAACAUGAACGGCAAGCGCCCCGCGUCGGGCUCGUCCAUGAUGGACAGCAGGAAGAAGGCCCGCCAAGAUGCAGAUGCAGAGUCCGUCAACUCUGUAUCCUCCUCCUCGGCGCGCUCGCCCACUGCCGAUCCAGGGGCGUCCGACGCUCCCAAAACGAAGGCGACGCGCGGGAGCCGCGCCUGUACCGUGUGCCGACGCCUUAAGAUGAAGUGCGUCGGCGCCGAGCAAGGCCCACCGUGCAAGCGCUGUCAGACCGGUGGCCACGAGUGCAUCUUCGAGGAGAGCAACCGGGGGAAGCGAUCCUCUAAGAAGCAUGAGAUUCUUACACGGUCGCUGCGCAAGAUGGAGCGCACACUGGACACGGUGUUGAGGAGUAUCGGCAACCCAUCCCUCGCGUCGGGCAUGAUUUCUCGUUCGCCGUCGCCGACACAGACAGCGACCACGCAGGCUCUCAUCGGUGACCAUAAUGACCCCCAUAACUCCGACCAAGAACACCACCAUAUGAACCACCACAAUACGGAUGGGCAGUACCACCAGCUUCACCACAAUGGGCACCAUAUGCACACUCCGUCCGAUCACUACGCGACACCCUCUUCCCCGAAACUACAUUCCCUACCCGACAAUUCCCUCAACCCUCUUGGUUUAUUGGCGGAAGCAAGUCUUGCCAAUCGACGAGCUCAGCAGAAUGUUCCGCCUAUGGGCUCCGCUGGACAAGUAGGCGUGGCGAGCGCAAACUACUUCAAGCCCGGCCCGAUAUCCAUACUACCCCUUCGACGACUAUAUAUCGAGCGGCAAGUGCAACCCGAGAUGCUAAGCUUUGUGCGAACAGAGGAGGUCGUAGCGUUAUUCAAGAUCUUCUUCGAGCGAAUGAAUAUGUGCGCACACGUCCUAGAUCCGGAAUUCCACACACCGUCAUUAGUGUGCUCGCGGUCGCCCUUCCUCCUCACGACGAUUUGCGCCGUCGCCUCCAAAUACUACGACGCCAAUCCGGAAUUGCAUCCCAGGCUAUCUGAGCUCUCGCAGAAGCUUGCGUUUAGCGUUCCCGCGAAGGGCUACAAGUCUGUCGAGAUCGUCCAGGCGUAUUUGCUCCUGUCCCUGUGGGGCAGCGGCGCGGUCGAGCGGUACGAGCAGGAUAAGACGUGGCUACUGUUGGGGAUGGCGAUCCGCAUGGCCACGGACCUUAAUCUGCAUCGCAAGACGGCGGUCAACAGCGAGGAGACGCAGGAGGGUCGCGCGCGUGACUACGAGGUGCACAAUCGCGAGCGGACGUGGAUCAUGUGUUUCGUGCUCGACCGCAGCUUCAGCGCGCAGCUCGGGAAGCCGUACUCGAUUAAGGAGGAUAAUAUCGUGCGGAACGUGACGUCGUGGUGUAGGUCGCCGAUAGCAAAUGUGGGCGAUGGCGCGUUGGCGGGGUAUGCGGAGCUACAACGCUUGAUGUCGCGGAGUCUGGACUUCCUGUACUCAGCGACGGACAGUCGGUCGGGGCUGCAUAUGGACAUCGACUACAUGCUCGUCAUUAGGUCCUUCGAGUCGCAGCUGACGGCUUGGAAGGAGCAGUGGAUUGCCAUACCGCCUGGUCCGCCCUCGCGCUGGAUGUUGUACACCAAGUCGAUUGCUCAAUUCUACUUCAACUACUCGCUCCUCGUACUCAAUGGCUUCGGCCUGCAGAACGCGCUGGAGCGGAAUCCCGUAGACAUGGGCCACUUCUUUGGACGGUGCCACUCCGCAGCGACGACGUGUGCGCUCAUUGUGCGAGACGAGCUCGCGGCGAACGACUUUCUUCGCCAUUCGCCCGACUCGCAUUGCGUGCUCAUCUCUUACGCGGUUCUCACGUUGUUGAAGCUCCUCCGCCCCGAAUUUCAGCCCUUCAUAGAAACGGAGCAGCGCACACUGCAGCUGGUCAAGGACGUCGCGGACGUGUUGAAUGCCGCAGCGGCGCACCCGCUGCACACGCCAGCCCUGUACGCAGGCUUCCUGCAUGCGCUCAUCGCUGCCAAGCUCGAGCCGCACCAGCCGUCGGGCGCCGACGCAACCUCACCCAACGACCACAACAUGAACGGCGGCGGCCCGACGCUCUCGCACAAUGGCCAUAAUCAGCAUAAUGGCAUGAACCACGGGGAGCCGUUCAUGAUGAACGAGUUCGCGUUCGACAGCGAGAUGGGGCCGGGCGCGGCGGAUAUCUCGACGUUCCCGCCGACGAUGGGGCCUGCGCCCACAGAGGAGGGCACGGAUCCGGGGUUGAACAUGGAUAGCAUCCUGAAUGGGUUCUGGGAGAGCGUGCUGGUGCCGGGCUACAACUCGUCGGACGUGAUGAGCGGCGGGUUCGUGUUUGGACCUGGUGGGAGUGGGCUGAUUACGCCCCGCCUGGGCUUGACGCCGGCGCAUUCGGGGCAUAAUACGCCCUCGCGUGGGGCGGGGAUGCAGGGACCGCCGGUGCACCACGACUUGUCGAGCAAGAUUCAUGCAGCGUUUGAUGGGUCCAGCCAGCAGAGUGGGUAGGCGGUGACGAUUCACCCGUGACGAGAUCAGUUUAGAGGAUGGUGGUGGGAGGAGAGGAGGAAGAGAAUCUAGGCUGCGUGUAAUUGCUAUCAAUGUGCUUGCUUUAUCGCUCUCAUCAUUGUCGAGCUUCUUGUAUAUUAUGGGUACUGGCUGCGAGCGGCAAGCCCAAUUUUUGCUUCCAGUGACA